AUGUCCCGGACGCUCCUGGCUCUCCUUGUAACCGUUUGUGUGGUUAAUGGAGCCACUCUUCCAAAAGCCUUAUGGCAGUUUGGAAACAUGAUUCGGUGCUCUCAGCCUGGAGUCAACCCUCUCAAAUAUAAUGAAUACGGCUGCUGGUGUGGCUUUGGAGGGAAAGGGACUCCCGUGGAUGAGCUGGACCAGUGCUGUAAAGUGCACGACGACUGCUACUACGCGGCCAGACGGGCCCCCGGGUGCACCAGUGUAGCGGAUCUCCCUUAUGUUCUGGUUUACGAUCACACCUGCUCCAACCAGAGGGUCACCUGCUCAAGCACCAAUGACAAGUGCCAGGCCGCGGUGUGCGAGUGUGACCGCGUUGCAGCCCACUGCUUCGCUGAGUCCACAUACAACCCUGAAAACAAGAACCUGGACUCCAAAUUCUGUGUCUGA